CUGGCUACCAUGAGCCUGGCUUAAAGCCGUCUGCUGUUGGACGGAUGGCACGGAGAUAUGCAAACUCUUGAGACAAGUGUAGUUUGCAGUGUCUGUGUAGCUGUCGCUCACUACUGACCUAUUUUGUACUCAUAGUUGAAUGUAGUCAACUAUGACGUCCCUCUACAGGAACGUAUUUUGGUUUGCGAAGGGCAUGAAAGAGUACAGCAGGAGCGGGUUUCGGUCUGCUUGCCGAACGUUCAACCUCCCAGACUUGGACGUUGAUUGCACCGGUAAAGUUUUCAUGAUUACCGGUGCCACGGGUACGCUUGGGAAGGUUGUUGCUAUCCAACUUGCGCAAAAAGGUGGUACAGUGCACCUCGUAUGCAGAGAUGAAGAGAAGGCGGAAGUUUUGAGGAAAACGAUCACUGACAUAACAGAAAAUGAGAAUACAGUUGUUGUGCACAUAGUGGACAUGUCUCGCCCCCAGGAUGUCUUCAGUUUUGCAAAAAAAUUUAAGCAAGACCAUGAAAUCUUGCAUGUUCUGGUGAACUGUGCUUCAACAAUCACACAAAACAGGGAAAUUGGGGAUGAUGGUCUAGAAAAAACCUUUGCCACAAACACACUUGGUGUCCACGUCCUGAUCACCAACCUCAUUCCUUUGUUGAACCAGACCUGUGAGCCACGAGUGGUGCUGGUCACCUGUGGAAGCCUGCUGAUGCAGCGGCUGGACCCAGUGGACCUUCAGUUCGAGUGCAUGUUCCCUUUCAAUGGGCUGGCAGCCUUCACACAGACUAAGCGUCACCAGGCUGUGCUGGUGGAACACUAUGCUGAGACUUACCCAGGCAUCCACUUCUCAGCCAUGCACCCAGGCUGGCUUGAACCCCAGGGGGUCAAGGAUGCUGUUCCGAAACUGCUGCGUAAGGUCUCCGUACGGUGCCGUUCGGUGGAGGAAGCAGCAGACACAAUUCUGUGGCUGGCCAUCUCGCAAGCAGCCCUCAAACAUUCAAGUGGCAUGUUCUUUCAAGUUGCCACUUCAUUGCGAGCAGAGCAUUCUGGAGGCUUUGCCCCCAGAAGACUUUGCCCCCAGGAGGCUUGUUUGAUUGCCACCUGUGUCAUGCUUGGAACUCCUGGUAUUCCAGAUAGGAGGACAACUUGCCCCCACCUUCCCUUUGGCAAGACAAAGACAAGCUUGGAUGACGAGAAGUUCUUUAUGAGGAACUUGGAAGACUUUGUUAACAAGUUGGGGCUCUCUUAGCCUCUACACAAUAAGCAACCACAAAAGUGGUAUGCCUGUAACCGCUACGGCAGCUUUGGUGCCCGACUUACUUAGCUGCCCUUUCAUGUGCUCAAGGAUGUCCCUGGCUGGUUUCUGCUACAGAAUGUGACUAGGUACAGUUUUCAUGUUCAAGCAAUUCUUGUACCUGGUAUAACUGUUGCAAUUUCUAUGCAUUUUGUGCAAGUUUUCAGUGUCUUAAAAGCUGUGUGUGUAUGCAACUUUCCCGAUAGACUUUUUAUGUUAAAAAGAUGAAACUGCAUACUGUAUACUGUGUGAUCCAAGUAGAAUAAUUUAUUAGUGCGUCAUAUGUGCAGUCAGAAUGAAAGUAAGUCUGCGAAAGUUCCCACCUGUUCAGCAGUUCGAUGCCAGAAGAAAUGCCAUUUUCUUGAUUUAGAUUAAACUGUAGAGAUGCUCUUUUUUUCUCUGUGCUUUAGUACUUUUUAUAAAAAUAAGCUUCUGCUGUGUUGACAUAAUUUUGUAAACGUAUGUGUACUCAGAAAUGUCCAGUGAGUAUAUUAAUAUGCUAUGUAAGCACCUACUUCAGUUAUAUCUGUGUUCAAGAUCUUUCCUCAAACAGCAGUUAUUGUUUAAAUGCUCAGUGUCUUUAUAGACAUAUUUAUUGGUGACAAAGACCACUACUUGUGAUGUUAAAAUGCAUAUAAAGGCUACACUUUAAAUGUGUAUGUAUAUACGUGUGUUUGGUGUCCUGUGAUAUGCAAAUGCAUUGAUAUUGUUACAUGUACAAUUUUCUCCUUCUUUAUUCUGGUCACAACUGCAAUAGAAAAAAAAAAUGCAUUGUUACCACUGAAGGACUCUGCAGUCUUUAUGAACUGCAACGAAGGAGAUGCCAUUUCUGUGUGAACUUGUGCUGCAUUGCAUAACUAUGCACAAAUGAGAUUUUUUUUUGUCACAACCCAUGACACAUUUUUUAGGACCCUGUUUUCCUGCGACUCAUCUCAAAACAGUACAGUCCUGGAGUGAAUUUGCUGUGCGAACGCCAAACAAAACUGGUUUAUGAAAAAAAAAAAUUAAGUUGCAGUUUUGCCAGAAAAGCGAAG